AUGGUUUUUGGAAGAAAAGAUUCUAAGGAUUACCUUUUGGAUGUGAGUACCCAGAGCAAUGGACAGUUCCUCGAUUUUGUCUUGAAAAUAAUUGUCAGUGGACCGAUUCCUAGUUUUGUCAAGCUUUUCGAAAAAAAAGUUAAAAGUCCCAGUGCGCGUUCUAUAGGUGUGUGCUUGUAUGCGCGGAUAUCCUUGUGUAUCCUUGUAGUCUGGCUGGCGCCGCGUGUUUUUUUGCACAUGGUGAAUAAUUCUCUACGGUGGAUACAAUUUUGCUACCCCAAACGUCAGUUUGCCAACUCGACAACUCUUAAAUCCUACUCAACAUAACAAGAAACUUAUUAGAAUUAACAACAACCAACACUACUCAACACAACUCAACACUUACUCAACAACAACAUCAUCAACAACAACAACAACCAGAAUCGUUUAAAUCCCAAAAAGUAAUCCCCAAAUAUUACUAAAAGGAGCCAUCCAAGGAUUAAACGAAUGCCAGUUCAAGAGUAACCAUUGAGUCUGUAGAACUUGUCAAAGUCGAGCUUCGAAUUCCAUCAAUUAGCCCGACAAGGAGAAGGAUUUUAAUUUGGAAUUAUAAAAGUUUAGUUUUUGGUGUUUAGUGUUUAGUGUCCUGUCCAGUCCAGGAUAUAUUAUUCGUAUUAUUUAUUGCAUUAAUUAGAGACAGGGCUGAACCUCAGCUUAGAAGUUAGAGGCUACACCCCCACGCCCCAAUCGUAAGGGCUAAAACAUUUCAGGGUAUCCUAGUUACUUAAGAGUUACGCACCUUGUCAGGUCCAAGCGGCGAGUUGUUCCCCAAUUCUCAUUAUGAAAAUAAUGACAAUGAAGUUUAAGCGCAAAUAUGGCUGUUUAGAGAAUAUUUGAAAAGAAUUUCUCACCUAAUUAACCAAUUUUUGGAUUUUUUGUUCGACCCUCAUUUGUUACGUAGUCUUUGUAUUUUAUAAGUUCUCAGCGAUUGUUUUGCAACAAAUCCAUCACCCACCACACAGUUAAAACCAAGUCACACCACACCCCCAUUCAAGUUUUAGUUCAGUUUUUAAGGAUCAAGGAUAGUACUUGACUUUUAGUUAGGGUUUGAGGAAGUUAUAGAGGUUUUUUGAGGGACAA